GCAAACCGAAUCCUUAAACCCACUUCCGUACAGAUUUUCUCUUCCUCCACUCCGUAACGCCUUUCUGAUUACCACGUGAUAAUCCACGCUCUUCUUCGUGAAAUCUUAAGGAAUUGCAUCAAAUUUUCUGAAAAACGUCUGUAAUUCAAUUGAAAUUCGGUGUUCUAGAUUAUAGAUUUCGCUUUGUUUUUCUCUGGAUGGCUGCGAGUACUAACCCUUCAGGGGGUCAUAGCAACGGCAAUAGUAAUAACGGCAACAGUAACGGCGGCGUGCAGGAGAAUGCGAAUGGCGGAAGCCUCUCCGCGACGGAGAAUUCCGUUGCGGGACCCUCCCAGAGUGCCCUACGUCACAACCCGGGCCUCUCGCUUGAAUGGACCCCCGAGGAACAGUCCAUGCUCGAAGAUUUGCUAGCGAAAUAUGCCUCAGAAAGCAACAUCGUUCGGUAUGCUAAGAUCGCUCAGGCUUUAAAAGACAAGACGGUUCGAGACGUUGCAUUACGUUGCAGAUGGAUGAAUAAAAAGGAAAAUGGCAAGAGAAGGAAAGAUGAUCAUAAUUCAAGGAAAAAUAAAGACAAAAAGGAAAAAGCUAUAGAUUCAUUGCCAAAAUCUUCUCAAGUUGCAAAUCGCUCCAAUGGCCCUCCCUAUGCUCAGUCAAUCAUGCCUAUGGAUAGUGAUGAUGGAAUCUCAUACAAAGCUAUUGGUGGAGCUGCUGGACAGCUUCUUGAGCAAAAUGCUCAUGCCUUGGAUCAAAUAUCUGCCAACUUUUCUUCCUUCAAGAUACAUGAGAACAUCGAUCUCUUCUGUCAAGCUCGAAAUAAUAUCCUCUCAAUAUUAAAUGACUUUAGCGACUUGCCAGAAAUAAUGAAGCAGAUGCCACCACUGCCUGUGAAGUUGAAUGAAGAGCUUGCCAAUUCCAUUCUGCCUCGAACAUCCCUGCCAAAGAAAGCGUGACACCUUGUUUCCGCGACAGGCCUUAUUGAUGAUGAUUCUGACUAUUUCGAGUUUGGGGGCCCUUCUGUUGUAGUUAUAGCAAAAAUAAAUUGGGUAGUCAAUUCAAGUCUAGAUGGAAAUUCAAGUGUUAAUGCUCGUCUCUUGUUCAUUCUUCUUCUCUUUCGUUGUUGUAGGAUGUAGUUUGCGUUGCAGCAGUGAGUCAAUGAUGGUCCGUAGUAUAGAACUGAUUUUUAGUUCUGUAAAUAGCUUUAGGGGAAGGGGAUAGUUAUUUAAAACUUGUACAAUUCAUACGAAAAGGGCAUCUAUAAUUCUUGUUUUACCUUA